UGUGUGUGUGCGUGCGUGUGAGUGUUCUAAAGGGUCCAGGCACAACAGACGGCUGAGUCACACUGGCCGAUCCCUCCGGCAAGGGACGGAAGCGGAGGCCGCAGAGGCUGCUUUUGUCCAAGGGGAGAAAAGCCCAGGGCUGCAGACUCAGGUCACGGAGUCUCACAGAGCUGGCGAUGCUUCUACUUGUUGUUGAAGCAAAACCUCAAGUCCUUUGUGGAUUUUUUCCACCAAUUUAAUUAUGCCAGCAAUUAAGUAGGGACAUCUCACAUGUGUCUUAAGAGUCAAGCCAAUUUGGCAUGAGAUAGGAAAUCCCAUUCUAGUUUUAUUUUUCUACUGCUCUACCCGCUGUCCGUCUACAAGCUGUGCAGCGUUUUCACACCUCGGAGCUGAGAGGAGGCCUCCGAGACGCUACCAUCCAAGUCCACUGAGGACUGAGGGUGUGUGUGUUGGUUCUGCAGGAAGUCAGGCCCGCCUGCCUCCAGGUGGAACGUCGUGGCACUGACGGACGGUGUGGCGGGCCCUCCCCUUAGUGACAGCCGAUGAUUCUUCUCAGUCACGGGUUCCAAGUGAGUGGCAUUGCCAAGUCUACUCGUGUCGCCAGACACCCUCAGGAGGGGCUGACGCGGUGCCCAGGCAGCUCAGCACCGCCCCCUCCCCCGGCCCGGUUCUCAGAUCAUAAAGGAGCAUCCUGUCACGGCCUCUUUUGUGCCUCGAUUUUCUGUGUCCUGUUUUUGUGCGUUCAGUUGAUUUCGCUGUCUAGACGGCCUCUGGGCGUGGUGCCGACACGGGUAGCGUCCGGUGAAGAAAGGCUUUUGGGGAUGAGCACCACUUUCAGCAGCACAAAAUAUUGCGCUUCUGUUGUGUGGGACAGUGGCAGGGUGAUCCUGAAAAGCUUCUAUCAGAAGAGGAUUCAGAAUCGAGAUCCGCAUCGUGGCGCCCGUCAUCAAGAUUCUGGGCGUGACGGGCGUCAUCAGUGGGCUGCUCGGCACAUCUUCCUCAAUGCUUUAUUCAUUAAAUAGAAAAGCAUGCUUUUCCCCAUUUAGCCACGUACGGCUUAACUUUAUCUCCACAGGGUGCUGUAAGAGAAAGAGCUCCACGCGCUCAUUGGCCUUACACAGUUCUUAGUACACAUUAGGGUGUAAACGUGGUUUUUUGAAUGACUAGUAUUGUUUGUACUAAGACAAAUAAUAAAAUAAUAGUUCUUGAUGUCUCACCCUUUUACAAAGGAAAUCCUGUGACCUGUGUAUGUGUUAACGUAAUCCACCCAACUACCCUACACGGUCAUGGCCAUUACUGUUCCCAUUUGAUGAAGAAACUGAGGCACGGAGAGCUUAAGGGACAUCCCAAAAUCCCCAGAAGUUUCCAGAGCUGGGUUUCCAAUUCCAGGCCCUUGGCUCUAAAGCACAAGCAAAGCCCUCGGCUGUGUCAACUGUGGCAGACAGGAAACGGGACCCUUCUGUGAAGACACACAGGGUUCCUGACGCCCUGCCGUUGCCGGUCUAACGUUAUUCUAGUUAAAACGCUGCUGACGUGGCUCCUGUUAGGAAUUUACGCCUGAGGUUUUACCGAACUCUGCUCCACUUGCGGCAACAAGAGUUAUGCUGGGGUCCCCCUUUGUGCUGGAUGUUUGCGGCGGACGUGGCCGAGAUCGGCUUUAGCUUCUCAGGCACACCCAGGGUGAGCACCUGUGCUCCCGUCUCUUCAACCUUCAGAGUAAACAUCACAACCACCAGAAAAUCUCAUGAUGUGUUUCUUUACAGAAAAUCAUUCUGCACCUCCUGACGUAACCACGUACACCUCAGAGCACUCAAUACAGGUGGAGAGACCGCAGGGUUCCACGGGGUCCCGGACGGCACCCAAGUACGGCAACGCCGAGCUCAUGGAGACCGGGGAUGGAGUACCAGUAAGUAGCCGGGUGUCAGCAAAAAUCCAGCAGCUUGUCAAUACCCUCAAACGACCAAAACGACCACCUUUACGAGAAUUCUUUGUCGAUGACUUUGAAGAAUUAUUAGAAGUUCAGCAACCAGAUCCGAACCAACCAAAGCCGGAGGGGGCCCAGAUGCUGGCCAUGCGCGGAGAGCAGCUGGGCGUGGUCACGAACUGGCCGCCAUCGCUGGAGGCCGCACUGCAGAGGUGGGGCACCAUCUCGCCCAAGGCGCCCUGCCUGACCACCAUGGACACCAACGGGAAGCCCCUCUACAUCCUCACUUACGGCAAGCUGUGGACGAGAAGUAUGAAGGUCGCUUACAGCAUUCUGCACAAAUUAGGCACAAAGCAGGAACCCAUGGUGCGGCCUGGAGAUAGGGUGGCACUGGUGUUCCCCAACAACGAUCCGGCUGCCUUCAUGGCGGCUUUCUACGGCUGCCUGCUGGCCGAGGUGGUCCCCGUGCCCAUCGAGGUGCCGCUCACGAGGAAGGACGCAGGGAGCCAGCAGAUAGGUUUCUUGCUUGGAAGCUGCGGAGUUACUGUAGCCUUGACUAGUGACGCCUGCCAUAAAGGACUUCCAAAAAGCCCAACGGGAGAGAUCCCACAGUUUAAAGGUUGGCCAAAGCUGCUGUGGUUUGUCACAGAGUCUAAACAUCUCUCCAAACCGCCCCGAGACUGGUUCCCACACAUUAAAGAUGCCAAUAACGACACUGCAUAUAUUGAGUACAAGACAUGUAAGGAUGGCAGUGUGCUGGGUGUGACGGUGACGAGGACUGCGCUGCUGACACACUGCCAGGCCCUGACGCAGGCGUGCGGCUACACGGAAGCUGAAACCAUUGUGAACGUGUUGGAUUUCAAGAAGGACGUCGGGCUCUGGCAUGGCAUCCUGACAAGUGUCAUGAACAUGAUGCAUGUGAUCAGCAUCCCGUACUCGCUGAUGAAGGUGAACCCUCUCUCCUGGAUCCAGAAGGUCUGCCAGUACAAAGCAAAAGUGGCGUGUGUGAAAUCGAGGGAUAUGCAUUGGGCAUUAGUAGCACACAGAGAUCAGAGAGACAUCAACCUCUCCUCUCUGCGAAUGCUGAUCGUGGCGGACGGCGCGAACCCCUGGUCUAUUUCUUCUUGUGAUGCAUUUCUCAAUGUCUUCCAAAGUAAAGGCCUUCGACAGGAGGUCAUCUGUCCUUGUGCCAGCUCGCCAGAGGCCCUCACGGUGGCCAUCCGGAGGCCCACGGAUGACAGUAACCAGCCCCCAGGCCGGGGCGUCCUCUCCAUGCAUGGGCUGACCUACGGGGUCAUUCGUGUGGACUCGGAAGAGAAGCUCUCCGUGCUCACCGUGCAGGAUGUGGGCCUCGUGAUGCCUGGAGCCAUCAUGUGUUCAGUGAAGCCAGAUGGGGUUCCUCAGCUGUGCAGAACGGAUGAGAUCGGGGAGCUGUGUGUGUGUGCAGUUGCGACGGGCACAUCCUACUAUGGUCUCUCCGGCAUGACCAAGAACACCUUUGAGGUGUUUCCCAUGACAAGCUCCGGGGCUCCGAUCAGUGAAUACCCGUUCAUAAGGACAGGCCUGCUGGGGUUCGUGGGUCCCGGGGGUCUCGUCUUCGUGGUGGGCAAGAUGGACGGCCUCAUGGUGGUCAGCGGGCGCAGGCACAAUGCCGAUGACAUCGUGGCCACCGCGCUGGCUGUGGAACCCAUGAAGUUUGUCUACAGGGGAAGGAUAGCCGUGUUCUCAGUGACUGUGCUGCACGACGAGAGGAUCGUGAUCGUGGCCGAGCAGAGGCCUGACUCCACGGAGGAGGACAGUUUCCAGUGGAUGAGCCGCGUGUUGCAGGCGAUUGACAGUAUACAUCAAGUUGGAGUUUAUUGCCUGGCCUUGGUGCCAGCAAACACCCUCCCCAAAACCCCGCUUGGUGGGAUCCAUUUGUCAGAAACAAAACAGCUUUUUCUGGAGGGCUCUCUGCACCCCUGCAAUGUCCUAAUGUGCCCCCACACCUGCGUCACAAACUUGCCUAAGCCUCGACAGAAGCAGCCAGAAAUUGGCCCCGCCUCUGUGAUGGUGGGGAACCUGGUCUCUGGGAAGAGAAUCGCCCAGGCCAGCGGCAGAGACCUGGGUCAGAUCGAAGAUAACGACCAGGCCCGAAAGUUCCUGUUCCUCUCGGAGGUCUUGCAGUGGAGAGCACAGACCACCCCGGACCACGUCCUCUACACGCUGCUCAACUGUCGGGGUGCGAUAGCGAACUCACUGACCUGCGUGCAGCUGCACAAGAGAGCUGAGAAGAUCGCCGUGAUGCUGAUGGAGAGGGGCCACCUUCAGGAUGGCGACCACGUGGCCUUGGUCUACCCCCCAGGAAUAGACCUGAUAGCAGCGUUUUACGGUUGCCUGUACGCAGGCUGUGUGCCAAUAACCGUCCGUCCCCCGCACCCACAGAACAUCGCGACGACGUUGCCUACCGUCAAGAUGAUUGUGGAGGUGAGUCGCUCUGCCUGUCUGAUGACGACACAGCUGAUCUGUAAGUUGCUGCGGUCCAGGGAGGCGGCGGCGGCUGUGGACGUCAGGACGUGGCCCCUCAUCCUGGACACAGAUGAUUUGCCAAAGAAGCGGCCUGCCCAGAUCUGCAAACCUUGCAACCCAGACACCCUCGCAUAUCUCGACUUCAGCGUGUCCACAACUGGGAUGCUAGCUGGCGUAAAGAUGUCUCACGCAGCCACCAGUGCCUUCUGCCGUUCCAUUAAGCUGCAGUGUGAACUUUACCCCUCUAGAGAAGUGGCCAUCUGCCUGGACCCUUACUGUGGACUGGGAUUUGUCCUCUGGUGCCUCUGCAGUGUGUAUUCUGGGCACCAGUCCAUCCUGAUCCCGCCCUCUGAGCUGGAAACCAACCCCGCCUUGUGGCUUCUUGCUGUGAGUCAGUACAAAGUCCGAGACACGUUUUGCUCCUACUCCGUGAUGGAGCUGUGCACCAAGGGGCUGGGCUCGCAAACAGAGUCCCUCAAGGCGCGAGGGCUGGACUUGUCCCGAGUGAGGACCUGCGUGGUCGUGGCGGAAGAGCGGCCUCGGAUUGCACUCACACAGUCGUUCUCAAAGCUGUUUAAGGACCUGGGCCUUCACCCGCGGGCCGUCAGCACCUCAUUCGGUUGCAGGGUGAACCUGGCGAUUUGCUUGCAGGGAACCUCAGGACCUGACCCAACCACUGUCUACGUGGACAUGAGAGCCCUGAGACAUGACAGAGUCCGCUUAGUGGAAAGAGGAUCCCCUCAUAGCCUGCCCCUGAUGGAAUCGGGAAAGAUACUUCCAGGGGUUCGGAUUAUAAUUGCCAACCCAGAAACAAAAGGACCGCUGGGGGACUCACACCUUGGAGAGAUUUGGGUUCACAGUGCCCACAAUGCCAGCGGUUAUUUUACUAUUUACGGAGACGAAUCCCUCCAGUCAGAUCACUUCAACUCAAGACUAAGUUUUGGAGACACCCAGACCAUCUGGGCACGCACAGGCUACUUGGGGUUCCUGCGGAGAACUGAGCUCACAGAUGCAAAUGGAGAGCGCCAUGAUGCCCUGUACGUGGUAGGGGCACUGGACGAAGCCAUGGAGCUGCGGGGCAUGCGGUACCACCCGAUCGACAUUGAGACCUCGGUCAUCAGAGCCCAUAAAAGCGUUACAGAAUGUGCUGUGUUCACCUGGACAAAUUUGUUGGUGGUUGUGGUUGAGCUGGACGGGUCGGAACAGGAAGCCUUGGACCUGGUUCCCUUGGUGACCAGCGUGGUCCUGGAGGAGCACUACCUGAUCGUGGGGGUGGUGGUCGUGGUGGACAUUGGCGUCAUCCCCAUCAACUCCCGUGGGGAGAAGCAGCGCAUGCACCUGCGAGACGGGUUCUUGGCAGACCAGCUAGACCCCAUCUAUGUGGCCUACAACAUGUAGUCUCGUCUCUUGGCUUCCAUGGACUUUUCUGGAGAUGCAGACAUUGUUCUCCGUGUCCACUGAAGCGUGCAGACACAGGGCAACACUCACCAGAAUGCAGCCAUCUGUGGUGAGGGUGGAGGAGGAAGAGGAGGAAGAGAGGACUUCUCACAGCAGCCACGACUGGCAUGGGGGUGAAAUGUGAAUUUACCACUGAACUUUGCUCAGAAGGACUUUGGAUUACUGCCUUCAGUUCGUUGGAAAAGCCCAUUUCAAAAACUUUCUUUUCUUUUCUUUCUUUUUUAAUUAUUGGAUAAUAAGUGCUUUCUUCGUAAAUGUGGUAUUUUGUUAAGCCGAAAUAGCAAUUAAAAAAAUAUCCUGCCCUCCAGAUGGGUUCUUUUAAACAAUUUAUGUAGUGUGACAAAGAAUUGUUUUCUCUGUUUUAAUGUGUCAUGAAAUCUUAAUGACAUGGAUCUGUUACUAAUUUAAGCCAUUGGUAGAUCUCAUCCUUUUAGGAAAGUUUGAGGUACGAGAAAACCUUCCAAAUAGCACCUUCCAAUUAGAUAAUAGCAGCUUUCUUUGUCAGAAAUGUGCUGAAGAAACAAAGGCUGAUAUAUGGCCUUCGAAGUUAGUAUAGAAUGAGAAGAAAUUAUAAAUAAGGUGUAUUUCGGCAAUUAUCUUGCAAAUAUCUUUGUACUAAACUAAAAAGAUAAAAUAAGUUAACUUCCUCAAUAUGUAAUUAUGUACAAAACGUUUAAUUUAUUUUGAUCUCUUUAGAACUAUAAAAGAGAAAAACAUUCAAGAAUAUUAAAGUCUUGUAAUGUUUGCUAAUAUAAAAAAGUGUUGUAUUAUCUUGCGUGGAUAGUAUCACAACAAAUAUAUAUAUAUGAAAUAUAAAUUCACUAAUGAACAAAGGAGAUUUUAAAGUUUAAGAUGCAGAACUUGUCACUUGCAUGGUGUGCCCCCCCGUACUCACAUACACUCUGCUGUUGCCAGCAGUCACAGACCGCAGGAGCCCUGUCUAAAAGUUUCUUCUAGAACCAGAGACCAGCAAGUGAAAUUAUUGCCAUCUCAAGGAUGGUGAAAGAAUUCAAAGCUCAGUGUGCACUAUUUUUUUCUUUGCUGUGGGACAACAGUGAAUGUGUUUAUGCCAGCGUGUGCUGAUGAUACUGAGGGGCUUUAGGUUGGCAAAUAGCACUGUUUUCUUAGCUGCAAGAAUUCAUUGCACAAUGUUUUUCAUCAUUUUUGUUAAUGUCAUCUUUUUUUGGUCCUUGCUACGAAAAGGAAUGCGAUUCUGUGGUCAUUUGCACUGGGUUGCAUUGAUUCCCCCUCUGAUGGCCAAUGUGGAGUGGACAAAGUGUCCGGAACUCACAUCGGUGAUCGUCCCCUCGUCUUAAGACCCAGCCAGCUCUGUGUGAGCCUCUGGGGCUCCCUCGCUCAGUGAGCACAGUUCCCCGGGGGUUCAUGCCAGAACUCCGGCUGAAGCAAGAAGUCCUCCAGCUGCGUCGUUUGCCGCCUGUGGACAAGUGCGCCCCAGUUUCUGCCCUGGCAGCUCCUGGCCACACCUUCUCAGAGCUCACCUGUGCACUUCUAAAUUGAAUUGGCCCACGGUGUCCAACCAAGAAGGAGCAUCUGCACUCCGAGAAAGAUGUGUUCUGUAACUGCCCCAGUGUGACCCUGCAGUGGCUCUCGGUGCUAGAUAUGCAUGACUAAGAUUGAUGCUGGGCAAAAUUUAGAUGAUCUUUCAUGAUGUUGUGGGCAGCAUCUUCGUCUGCCUUUGCUAUAUGCAGUCAGCAGUAAGCCUUUUGCUAAAAGAGUUUUGUUUGACUUCUGAGAUCCAAGGCUGAUUGUUGUAAAAAAAAAAAAAAAAAAAAAAAAGCACAUUUAAAAAAAUUUGUCUGCAUAUGUGGUACAUCCUUCCAUCUCCACAAACCAUUUGAUUCUUGAAAUAUUGUUUGACCUCAUUGCUGUGUGCGAAUAUUUCUCCACAUGCUUCAGAUACACAUUCCUAGUCUCUGCUUCCUAAGGGGGGAACCACCACACAUAGGGGAAAAAAAAGACAUUUUCCUACACCCACCCACCUUGUUGAAAGGGAAGUAGGUUUGGGGCUUCAGGCCAGACACUGACUAUGAAACAUUAGCUGCAGAGUGUGCAGGGCAGCUUUGAGGUCCAGCUGAAGUCAGGAAGCAAAACAAAUUGGGAUGUCACUUCAAACAUAAUUUUAACUGUCACCAAACCAACUCUGCGUUCAAGGAGCGUGGGCGCUGCAGUGCAGUUGUGAGGGCAGAGUUAGCAGCAGCCUCUUCUGCAUCCUGUCAACUCUGAUGUUAGAGUUUAGGCUCAAAAGAGUUGGUGGACUGAGAUCGAAAUUUGGUUGUGCAAGAAACAGGAAAGGAGACACUUAGUACCACCAGUUUCAGCAAUAAAGAAGGGUCAUUCUGUAUUCGAAAUUGUACUGUAGAUAAAUCAUUCAUGAGAAUGUAAAAAAUGUUUGUCUUGUGACCUUGUGCUUUUGAAGUCAGACAAAACCGUGUAAUCAACUUGCACAAAAAGAGGGUACACAGUGAACAUAUAAACACAGACCUAAUCAAACAGGAGCAGAUUCCUCAUGGUGCUUGUUUAUUAUAUAUAUUUAAUCCUGCUUGACACUUUACCCAAGGGAGAUGGUCCCUUUUAUCAGUUGAAUGUUAGCAGCGUUAUUUCAGAGUGUGGUGACUGGUUAGAGAAAUUCAUGUACUCAACCAGUCACAGUUUCAAACAAAAUUUUUAUGUGCAAAGGACAGCAACCUUCUUGUAUGUUAAACCACCAGUACGCUUUGUACAUCUGUGAUAACGCCUGUUUUAUAUUCAAAUGAACAAAUAAAAGCUUUUAUUUUUGUUGCUCUGAAAAUAGCCGUUUCUUAAUUGGUCCCCUGGAAAGAUGUCUGGGACAGCUUUAAUCCCAGGAAGGAAGUGACUCCUACAGGGAAAUGUAUCUGACUCUGUUUACAUAAUUUGUUGCAUUACUUAGUACAGAUAAUCAUACUUUGAACAAUGUUUAAAUUUUGAUGUGGGCAUUUAUUGCUAAAAAUAAUUCCUAUGGCAACAAAUGUUUUGUGAAAUGUUUUUUUAAAUUCUUUUAAAUAUAUCUAAAUAUAUUUGUUC